UGGACGUUAGGGUGACCCAAUUCAACCUCAGCAGGUAGCCAAUCAAUACACCUGUGGAUGAGGGCUGAGCAGGUGAAAUGUUGACUCGUUUUGAAGCUGGGUAAUGCUGAUAAAGUGAUUUUUAUUGCUUAGUUUUAGAUAAUUUGUAAAUGUAUUUAAUGAAAAGAUAAUGUCACCAUGAGAUUUAUCUAUUAUUGAUUUAUCUAUCUAUUCAUUGAUCCAUCUUUACUCGAACUGAACAACUCUGUUCGCUAACCGCAAAACAGUCGCAUUAAUAUCAAAAUUUGUAUGACAACUCCAUCUUUCCAUCAGUAAAAGCGCCGCGCUCCUCCGAGCUUCCGCCUCGAACUGGCAGCUUUGGCCAGCCUACCGCUUUGAAUGUUGGUGUAUUGAUACAGCGUUAUGUGUGAAAGGGAAGGUGAGAGGUGUUUGGCUCCUAAUCCUCUUAGCAGCAUUAUGCUGAGCCUCGUUCAAGCCCUGACAUGCGGUGCGCCCUUGUAGCUACCCAAAACCCGGAGUCAGCAUCUCUGCGUCCGUUACGCACAGCUGGGGCGACGGUCCGCAGCGGCGAGGGGUCGAGCAGCCGGCGGUACAGUCCUCCCACAGGUUGAACCUGCCCACUCUGUAAGAUGAAACACACCGCAUGUACGUGCGUGUGUCUCUUCCUCGUCGGUGGCGUCUUCUCGUCACAUAAUGAUACUGGAACUCUAAAGCAAUGCAUCUGACAUAACUUCCUGUUAGGAGUCGAGACCACGAGGGCAAUGAACGUGCACAGUCCUCCUCCGAGGAGGCUCAGGCGCAGCCGCGUCCUCUUCUUCAUCUCAGGUGUGCUGCUGUGCCUCGUAUACACACUGACUCUGAAGGCCAGGCUGUCACAGCCACGAGCCUCCGCCCAGACGGAUGACGCUCUCCGAGCAGAGUGGGGUCACGAUGACGCGGUGCAGGUCAACAUUCGGGAGGUGAUGGCAUCCAAUGAGACGGAGGAGGAGGGGGAGGAGGUUGUCUCACCUGAGAUCACCAAACCUCCCCUGGUGAUAAUCGUCAACAGGACAGAUAUCGAACAGUGUAUCUACGUAGACCCUAAACCUCCCCCAACUCUGCCGCCACCGACCACCACAGCCACCCCUCGUUCCCCGCUCCCGCCUCCUCACAGGAAGGGCGACUUUCCCGAGGACCUCUUCUCAGUGGAGCAGCGGCAGCAAGGCUGGGUGGUCCUCCAUGUGAUAGGCAUGAUCUACAUGUUUGUCGCCCUGGCCAUUGUCUGCGAUGAGUUCUUUGUUCCUGGGCUGGAGGUCAUCACCAACAGGCUGGAGAUCUCAGACGACGUUGCCGGGGCGACCUUCAUGGCGGCUGGAGGCUCUGCCCCCGAGCUCUUCACCUCCCUGAUCGGCGUCUUCAUCUCCCACAGCAACGUGGGCAUCGGCACCAUUGUGGGCUCGGCCGUCUUCAACAUCCUGUUUGUGAUUGGCAUGUGCGCCAUCUUCUCUCGGGAGAUGCUGCACCUGACCUGGUGGCCGCUCUUCAGAGACGUAACCUUCUACAUCCUGGACCUCAUCAUGCUCAUUGUCUUCUUCCUGGACAACACGAUCAUGUGGUGGGAGAGCAUCCUACUGGUGCUGGCCUACAUCAGCUACGUGAGCUUCAUGAAGUUCAACAGUCAGAUCGAGCAGGCGGUCAAGACUCAGCUCAACAAGCACAUGAGUAUCGUCAAGGUGUGGACUGCAGAGGAGCCGGAGAAGGAGAGUGAAGCUCCUGCAGCAGCACCUCCUGCUGCUGCUCCUCCUCCCACUGCUGCACCAAAAGCUGAAGAUAAAUCUAAACGAGAGGCCGACCCACCUCCGAGCAGUCCUCAGUCCAACAAACCUCCAUCGGAUCCGCAAGAGGACAGAGCGAGACUCAGGGUGCGUCCGGUCCUGCAGCGAGGCGGCAGCUCGGCUUCCCUCCACAACACCUCGCUGAGGAACACCAUCUUCCAGCUGAUGAUCCACACGCUGGACCCUCUGGGAGAAGAUACUGAUCACAAGCCAAACACCGAGCAGGUCGGCACAGCAGGGGGCGCUGCAGCCGAACCGUCAACCUCACAGCCUCAAAAGACAGAAGAGACGAGUGAGAAGACGCCGGGCCAGCAGGGGGAGUCAAAGGAGGCGGCAGAGGGAUCGGAGGGCUCUGAGGGCAGCGGUAAGGACGAGAGCGGUGACGAGGAGAGCAGCGACUCCGGCGAGAGUGAAGAUGACGAAGAGGAAAAUGGGGAGGAAGAGGAGGAGAAUGAGCCGUUGUCUUUGGAGUGGCCUGAAACCAGGCGCAAGCAGGCCACAUAUCUACUCCUGCUGCCCAUCGUGUUUCCGCUGUGGCUCACGCUGCCCGACGUCCGCAACCCGGCAUCCAGAAAAUAUUUUAUCAUGACGUUCCUUGGCUCCAUCCUGUGGAUCGGAGUCUUCUCCUACAUGAUGGUGUGGUGGGCUCAUCAGGUGGGUGAGACUAUGGGCAUCUCAGAGGAAAUCAUGGGCCUGACCAUCCUAGCGGCCGGGACGUCCAUCCCUGAUCUGAUCACCAGUGUGAUCGUGGCCCGGAAAGGUCUGGGGGACAUGGCCGUGUCCAGUUCAGUGGGCAGUAACAUCUUCGACAUCACUGUAGGUCUGCCGGUCCCGUGGCUGUUGUACACGCUGUUACACAAGGGCGAGCCCGUAACGGUCAGCUCCAACGGCCUGUUCUGCGCCAUCGUGCUGCUCUUCCUCAUGCUCCUCUUCGUCAUCAUCUCCAUCGCCGCCUGUCGCUGGAAGAUGAGCCGAAUGUUGGGCCUCACCAUGUUCAUACUGUACUUUGUGUUCCUGGUCCUCAGCGUGUUACUAGAGGAUCGCAUCCUCAUCUGCCCCAUUUCCAUCUGAGCUGACGGUCUGAGGCGGAGAGCGAACAGCACCGCUGCACAUGACUUAGUAUGUCCACAUGGGAUCAGUACUGUACGUAGGAUUCAUUAGAUAGAAGAAUGAAGCCAAAGGCUGACCCGACGCACAGUAGACACAUGGUAGAAACACAGAAGAAAAUAAACGAGCAGCGAUGCUAAAGGGAAAGUCCACUCUCAACGAUGUGGUACAUAAUCAAUCUGCCAUUUAACAAUAGUUACUUUGUGUUAACUGUUGUAUUUUCUUUAUUUACCCUCACAGUCCCAAAAUGCAAUGCGCUGCAUUGAUUGAUGCACACAUUACAGUACCCGUCACUGAUGAGUCAAUUUACUGGUCACAAUAAACUAGCAUGUCUGCUGUACACAGUAGUAAACUAGGGAGUGAUUUCGUAAUCCUGGCGUGCAAACUAUUAUCUUUAAAUUCCACUCUCUGCUUCAGUAAUUGUUUUCCUACAUUUCCCAGCAUGCAUUUACACAACCCCUUGAGACACAGCCUGAAUUGCAUACAGUGCACAGAGGUAAUUCAGUCUUAAUGAGAAAGCAAAGUGUUUAAUGAGGCUUUCGUAGGUUUCAGAGUGGGACUCAUAUCUGCAUCACCACAGGGCUUGCUUUAUUCUGAUGUUUAAAGAGAAAAAAAAUGGUAUUGUUCUCAUUAUGCAGCAUUAUGCUUGGCAAAGGACAAAAAAAGCAGGAAACUAUUCAGAGCACACAUGCAUGUGGGCUGUCCACUGUGUUAAAGUAUUUAUCAUUUUACUUUCAAAUAGAAUUAAUGCUGAGAGAUUUAAUGCUUGCUAAUUUACAUCAUUGCACUUGAUGGUGCUGGCUGUCUACUGGUGUUUACAACCUUGUUGGCUUUUAUUUCCCCUGCGAAAGCCGUUUACCAGGAGUUCCUCCUCCUUGGAGUGAAAUCAGUUAUUUCUCCCAGUGUUUUCUCCCACUGCCGUCAACCAGAGGCUGAAGCCCAGAAACGCCCCAAACAGGGCGAAAUACGAAGAAAAUAAAAUAAAAAUACAGCCAGAGGGCAGCAGAGUCUGGGGCAGAGAUAAGGAAACCGCCACAUACCUCUAGUGGGUCGCAAGUGAUGAUUCAGAGGGAGUACUUUUGAGUCUGUACACACAAGGUU